UUGAUCACUCCAGUCCUAUAUAUAAGCGCUUUAGUCUGAAAAUACUUGGUAUGGAACUAUGGAUCCAUCUCCCUGUUAUGUUUUUUUGGUUAGAUAUUUCUUUCAGCAGCUGAUCUCUGGUGUCCAUUUCUGUCAUAAUAUGGAAAUAUGCCACAGAGAUUUGAAGCUAGAAAAUACCCUUUUAGAUGGAAGUCCAGCACCUCGCUUAAAAAUUUAUGACUUCGGUUAUUCCAAGUCAUCUUUGCUGCAUUCGCAACCCAAAUCAACUGUUAGAACACCAGCUUAUAUAGCACCGGAGGUUCUUUCUAGGCGAGAGUAUGAUGUCAAGUUGGCUGAUGUGUGGUCAUGUGGAGUGACUCUUUAUGUCAUGUUGGUUGGAGCAUAUCCAUUUGAGGACCAGGAUGUCCCGAGGAAUUUCAGAAAAAUAAUUCAGUCAGAAGAUGCCAAGAUCAACUUUCAAUGUGGAGUUUGAUGCUGCCAAUGCAACUUGGUUAUCCAUUAAUAUUUUAGAUUAUUCCAUCUUUAGGUGCUAAGUGUAAUUUGUGACAUCAGUUAAUGAAAGAGAUCCAUGUAAUAUUGGGAUGGUUAUCUUAUUUUU